AGCAUGUGGAGGGGGAGCAGCGCAUGUAGAAUCCUUUCUCCGCGCAUGCGCUGUGCUGCUCACACACAUCCUCACUGCGAGAAGCUGAAGCCCUGUUGUUGCUGUGUCUGUGAGCUUCCUGACCGAACGGCUGUUGUUCUCUCUCACAAUCGACACAAUGGCUCUCAUCUCUCUAGAGGAUCUCGAGGGAUUGGACGAUGAGCAGCUGGACGAUGAUGUCACUGACAGAUCUGAGCCAAUGAAUGAAGAGGAGCAGGACCGGAUGUAUGCUCAUUGGCAGGCCGUGGGACGGACACAUCAGGUGUCUGUGCCCACAGAGAUGCGCGGACCCAUUCAGGAGAUGACGAGAAGGAAUCAGUCAUCGGAACAGGAGCAGGUGCCAUUUGUCACCGUGUCCCGACAUGAGAAGCUCGGUGAGGUGUUGUACGAGGAGAGAGUGUAUCCUGAGGGAAAGUGGGCAUGUGUCAGUAAAGGAGACACACUGUAUGAGCAAAGCAUCUCCAAUGCCUUCAUGAAACUCAUGCGCUUCAUCUGUAAAGAGAAUUCAACAGGACGCUAUCUGGGCAUGUCUGUACCCAUCGUGAAUAAGGUCACAAUGUCAGAGGACGGCAGUAACUUUAUGAAAGAGGUGUUGACGGCGUAUUAUCUGCCUGCUGAAUUCCAGGCCAACUCACCGGAGGCCGCAGAUCCAGAUAUCAGCAUCAUCCACAGAGAUACCAUCAGAGUCAUAGCCAGGGCUUUCUAUGGGACCACAACAGAGGAGACAAUCUCGCGUCAGAUCAGCAUUCUGUGGGAGUUGUUGGGAAACUCUGGAGAUGUUCAUCGAGAUCACUACAUGGUGGCUGUUUAUGAAAAUCCUGGUAUUCCUCAGCGCAGAAAUGAGAUCUGGUUCAUUCGCCGUGGCUCUUAGGAAUAUUUUUCAUCUCACGCUCUGUAUUGUUGUGUGUGAGUAGAGAAAGUGAGAUUCAUCACAGACAGCUACAUAAACACCAUCAGUAGUUUACUGGUGAGCAGGGUCACUUCACGCCGAUAUUGUUUUUAUGAUUCGGUAUCAUAGAAGAGACUGUAUUGUUUUAUCACAGUCGCUUUUCUAAUACAUAACGCAUCAUUUAAACUAUAUGUAACUUUGAAAGCAGAUAUUCAUACAAUAUUUUAAACAGGUGGGACAUGUGUGUGAAAGUCAGUGGUGAUUGAAGGCUUUAUUUUUGUUACUGUAUGAGACAAUCAUUGGACGUAGCUUUUGUAACUAGUGCUGUAUAGAUUUACACAUUUUGAUCUCAUAAGCUGAUGGCAUGACUAUUCGUCAGAUGUUGUAACCGUGUUUUGAAAUCUUACGGGUAUGCUGCUUGUUUGUCUAAAUGUGUUGUAGUUUUUCUCCCUUCACAUGAAUGAUGAGAGCAGUAGAUUUGAUCCGGAAUCUUUCCUUUGCCUCAGUAUUGUGUGUGUGUGUGUGUGUGCGCGUGUGUGUGCGCGUGUGUGUGUGUGCGCGUGUGUGUGUGCGUGUGUGUGACUUUCAUCAGUGUAUUGUGUGUUGAUGUGUUCAUGAAGAUGUUUAAAAGCUCUGUUUUGACUUCUUACACUGAUUCCUUUAGUUUCUGACAUUCUUGAUGUGUACUGUACCUUUAUGAAUGCAUUAGACAAUGUUUUUAAGCUUGCGCAGUGUUUACUCACUCCCCAUUGAGUGGAACAAGAAGAGGAAUGCUACUGAUAAUCUUUAGUAGUAAAGCACUUUUAACUACAGAUGUAUACAAACAAAGACCCAAUAAAUAGUACUCAAAUGUUGUGCUGGUGUUGGAUAAGUAAGGCCAAACCUUUCUAAUGAUUUAGUGAAUCUUGAGUAAAUAUUGUGCGACCACCAGCCAUUGUUCUCCAAAUAUUGGCAUUAACUAUUAAAAAAGUAAAGACCUGAAUCCUCAUGAGCAGUUCGUUAUUUCAAUAACCAGUUUUUCUGGUAAGAACAUAAGAAUACCUCUUAAACGUGUGAUGUUUUCUUAUCAUUCUGUCUGUCACUUAACAUGGAAGACAAAUGCAAACAACACUGGGGAGAUUAUGGGUUUGUGGUUUCAUUCAGGAUUGUGAACAUGACAAUGAGUUUACAUGUGACAAACACUAUCAGACUAAGCACUUGGACUUUUAUCUUGAAAACAUUAAAAAUAAUUUGUAAUGCCGGACAAAAAAGUGGAACUUUAUUAAAGGAGUCAUAUUGCACGGCAUUGUUUUAGAUGUAACUCAAUGUGUAUACACCAUUUAAAGUUUAAAAAACGUUGUAUUUUCCACAUACCGUGCAUGUUUGUAUCUCCUCUUUGCCCCGCCUCUCUGAAACGCGCUGAUUUUUUACAAAGCUCAUCGCUCUGAAAAGCGAGGUGUGCUAUGAUUGGUCAGUUCACCAGUGCGUAGUGAUUGUUCAAAUACUGCAAGCAUUUCACGGAAAUGUAACGCCUCUUACCAUAUUCGGAACAUCAGGUUCCAAAGCAAUUGUACUGACAGGCGAUACAAUGAGAUUUACAAUUACGCCCACCUUAACUACGUGUAGAUUUUGGCGGUCUUAGUCAAAUCAUGUUACGUAGAUUCGCCGGGGUGUGGUUACACGAAGCGUUUCAGGCAAGUCUGGUUGAGCAUUCGCUUUUAGAUAGAAUGCAUCUUUUGUUCCCACACUUUCAUUUGUGCAAUUUUACGUGUCUAAUACAUGCAUGGGCAACUUAUAACACACCAAAAACACAGAAAAACAAGUACUUCCGCCAUAUGACCCCUUUAACAAAAUAUAAUUUUGGACAUUUUUUUCCUCCCCGCUAUGGUCGAGUAGCUAUCGUAAGCAAUUUUCAGAUUCCGGUUCCAGUUUUGCCCAAUGAUUCCCAGUUCCAUUUAAAUUAACUAUAAGGAUUUUUUAACCACUUUACCUUCAUUGAUUGUAGUGUGGCUGUAAGGUAGUAAGUAAUGUUGAGUAAUGCUAGUCCAUCAAUCACG